AUCACUGUAUUGGUGUAUUGUGUGCGAGCGGGACGCGAUAUACAUACGCGUACGUGUGUUGCGUACGAUCUUUAAUAAUUAUCAAUAAAGUGCGCGUAUUCCGCGCGUUAAUGCAUCACAGGACGAUAGAUAGCAGGUGACAUACGACGGAUUCAUCGCGAGGCCGUACAGCACGAGAUGCGGCCAACCUGACCGUUAUCGCCUCUCGAUGGAUAGAUUGCCCGUUUUAGGUUAGAAACACGCACGCGAUUGCACCGUACUCCGAAUUCCACGCGACAUCAUGGACUUAUCCGAGGAUCAGAUAUCUCGCGACGUACACAAUCGUACGUUGCCGCAAUUCUCCGAAUUACGUCCGGUAUUGAAUGUUUCUACCAGCGAUGAGAAUGUAGAAUCUCCGAAUGAAAAUGUGCAGUCUCAAACAACGCAAACUUCUAUCCCUAAGAAUUUAAGAAAUUGGACUCUGAAGCAGAUACCGGAUAUAACUACAUUCUUGGACUCAUGCGAUUUAUCCCUCAUCUCGCAUCUGUAUGAGAAUCCAAUCAUGAAGCAGAUGAUUAAUGUUCCGAAUUUUAGUUCAAAUAAUAUACUCGGUAUACAAUCAAAUAACAUGUCGUCGACUAUUAUUGGUAAUAUAUAUUCGCCUUCUACAUCACAAGCAAAUGCUGCAAAGCAAGAGCUAGAUGUUCAGCCUAGAGAGCAGAUAAACUUGAAGGAAUCUCAAAUUCAAUUGAAUCAGCAGCAAACAUCACUAGUGACCGAGUACAUUCAGAAAUUACAAGCUACGUCUCUGCAACAGUUGAUUAAAUUACAGACAGAACAAGCAAAGAAGCAAAAGAUAGAAGAAGAAAAAAUAGAGCAAACGCAGAAUAAUAUUUUAAAUAUACCGAGUGUUCGGAGUCUUCAUCAGCAAAAUAGUAGCAACUUUAUAAACUCAGAUCAGAUGAUGGCCAUUAAUCCGAGCAAUCUGAAUCUACAAAAUGAGCAACAAGAGAAUGAAAGCAAUUUGCAAACUGUCCUCAAAGUAGAGCAACAAGUACAAACCGAUUUGCCAAAAAUUGAGAAGAAGUCGAAAUUUAGGGCAAAAAUCGGGGAGAUUAAAGUGAGCAUUAGUUAUGACGGAACUACUCUUUACUAUUGUCCAGAGUGCAAUUUAGGGUAUCCAGACAAAUCAGACAUCGAACAACAUAUACAGGCUCAUUUACAAGAACGCAAGUAUCAAUGCAAAGAAUGUGGUGCCAUGUUGAAGAGAAAAGAGCAUCUAGAUCAGCACAUGCGUGGUCAUUCAGACGAGCGACCCUUUAAAUGUAUAAUAUGCCACAAGGCGUUCAAGAGAAACGAGCAUUUAACGAGACAUUGUGUUAUUCAUUCCGGCAACAAGAAUUUUAUUUGCACCAUGUGUCAAAAAGCAUUCUCACGCAAGGACCACUUAAACAAGCACAUACAAACGCAUUUAGGCAUUCGAAAGAAUAAAACCAAGGAAGAUUCUUAUUAUAUCAACCAAAAAGAUACGACAAGAUUAUUUGAUAACAGGACCGAUCCUACAGCGAUGCUAAAACAAGAAGCAACCUGCAUCAUAAAGGAUGGCUUACUGGCACAUGAUCCCACUUUUCUGCAGCAUCUUCAGAAAAAUCCAACCCUGCUGCAUACGUUCUCUUCCCUUAAAGAGCAAAUAUCAAGAAAUGCAAAUAUGCCUCAACAAGCACAGAGCGACAAUACGAACGGAAAUGCAAGGUAUUUAAUGCCAUCUUAGUUGUAGAUGAAAUCAGCGCAUAUCCCAAAGCAAUAGAUGGGCAAAAUAAUGAAGAUAGUUUACAAGCACCAUCGAAGCCAUUAGAAUGAUCGGAACCGUCGCAAGUAAGUAAUUUCAAUUUUUGAAUUCAUAUUUUGAUACUGAGCGACCAUGAUAAAUCCAGAGACUUAUAGUUUGAAGCAGUUGUAAUAAACCAAAAUAUGAAUUGAAAAUGUACAUAUUAAAGAAUGCCUAUUGUAAAGGAAAAGAAAUAUAAUUGACAUAAAUAUAUGUGAACGCGAUAUAUAUUAUCAAAUAUAUUUCUAUAUUAUCGCGACAUGUAUUAUCAAAUAUAUUUCUUUACAUAUAUUCCCAAUGUCUAAUAAUUGAAUAAAAAUGUAUGCAACAUAAAAAUUAAAUAGCCUAAGUAUAUAAAGCGCGUACCAUUGUAAGAUAAUAUGUUAUUCUAUCGGCAAAUUAAUUUCUCACGAUUCGACGAUUUUUUUUCAAUUUUUCAUAAAUGUCACAUGUUAUUUAUGUGAUUCUGGCAAAUGCGCUUUACUUGUUAACACGAAAUAGUCCAAAUUAUAUUCAAAGUGAAUCGAAAUGCAAACUCAGCAACCGUUAAAAUAAAUUGCGAUAAUAAUGGGUUAUAAUUGUUAAAUGGUAAUGUCCUCUAUCUGAUUUAAAUAAGAUAGAUAAACGUGUAAUUAUAUAAAUUUAUUUUUCUUUACGCAUUAAUUUAUCUCGAUAAUUACCUAUUCAUGUGCUAGAAUACUUAUUUUAUCCAAAAUUUAUAAAAAAUCUUGAAAUAGACUUUUGAACUUAUAUAUAUAAUACCUUUCUAGAAUUUCAAGAAUUAUGAUGAAAGUAAUGGAUCAGUUAAUAUAUUACCCGUUUCUUCAGCAAAUUUAAAUUAUCAUGAUUUAUAUUAAAACAAAUUUUACGAAGAAGGAAUGAAUAAUUUAAAAUAAUUUAAGAUAUAUUUUUAUUAAAUGCUGGCCAUAAUUUUAGUUACUAAACAGCAAUAACUUUUUGAGACCUGUAAAAGUUUUUUUCUUACAGUAAAAAUAAAAUGAUAGAAUGUGUGGAGAGGAUGAAAAGAAAAUAUGAAGAAGGAUAGAUUUAGAUAAUUACAACUUAUCUCAUACUCUCAUACUUAGCACAUAAUUAUUUCACUUUUUAUUGCAUUACUGAUGCAAAGUUGACGCGUGUGACAAAUAUAUUUAAUUAUGUAUGUCGUGUUUACACACACACACACACUAACGUAUGAACCUUUUUACAUAACAUUUACGAAUGACCAUUUCAUAGUACAACAAACAUUGCAUAAAACUGUAUAACACUACGCAAAUUGCGCACGUUCGAUAUACUCGUGAGAAGAAAUAGCCUUGUCAUAUUUUAUUACUCAUGUUUUAUUCAAAAUAACUCGUUCUGAAAAAUACAUAUGUCACUUUUUUAGUUAUCUUUUAUUUAAUACUAUGCAAUAACAAUUAUCUCACAGAAUAAAUGCUGAAGUCUUGCGUGUAAAUACACAUUCACUGUUCAAAAAACUGUUAUAUUAAAGACGAGUUAUAUACAUAAAUGCACAUUCAUCAUCUAAAAACUUUCAUUGUCUUAAUUCCAUUGUCAUCGCAUUUUAUCUUAACGGUUGCUUGAGCUUGCAUUAAAUCUACUUCCUUUAAAAAUAAUUUGGACUAUUUUGUAAGCGCGAUAAGUAAAGCGCAUUUGCAAAAAUCGUAUAAAUAAUUUGUGACAAUUGCGAGAGAUAAAAAGAACAUCGAAUCGUGAGAAAUUAAUUUACAGGUAAAAUCAUGUAUUUUCUGACAAUCGAGUACCAUAAUUAAAAAGUUUAAAUUUUUUGCACUAUCUAUAUUUAAACUUUUUAAUAUUUAUGUUGUAUAUAUUCGAUUCCUAAUUAGAAAUUUAAUUUGAUUCUUUAUUAGAUAUUGGGAAAAUAUCGACAAUCUGAUUUACAAUGAAAAGAUAAUAAGAGCACGAGAUACUCGCGCGAAUUUGGUAUCUUAAUAAACUAAUACAUAUUAUAUAGAUAAAUUCACAAGAUUCGUUGCAGAAGUUAGUGUUAAACAGAAAUAAUGAACGAUAGACUGCCAAAAAUUUUGUUAGCGAUUUACAGGAUAAAAUAAUCAUUUAUAUGUAUAUAGGCAUUUGAUCUGAUGAAGAGACUUGUGACACAUUAAAUUUCCAGCAAUUUGUCCAAAUUGCCGAGAAAAAAAUAUUUCUUCUUUACAAAUAUAUAUUUCUCGAAUAAUUUUUAUCUUAUUAUAAUAUGGAGAUUGCGACAUAUAUUAAAAAAAAAACCAAUAUCUUUUAAUGUAUAAUCUUUUAAUGAAAAUGACAAAUUGAUUGAUUAUUAUAUGCAUGAAAAAAUAAGCAACAUUGCCUCGAA